AUGGCCACUUUGACAGCGAGCAGUAAACCGGUCCCCCACCGCGCCCUCAGCGACACGGGCCCGCGACGCGCACGGCCGCGCAAACGGUUGCGGCGCAUGUCGACCUCCGCGGUGGGAAGGUCGCCGCGAGUGCAGUUGCGGCACCCGCUGCCGCACUCGCUCGAGGCGCUCGACCUGUCCUCGAAUUCGCCCACCCAGUCCCUCGCCUCCCUCCGCGUUCUCAUCCUCACCUACCUCGCCGAUCUCGAGGCGCGCCUGGCCGAGUACGAGUCCCCCGACCUGAUCGCACUGGGCGGCGGCACGUUCGACGAGAUGCGCGACUGGGCGCGCACGGCGCUCGACAAGCUGGAGUCCAUCCGCCAAGACGUAUCCGCCGCCCUCCCCGAGUUCCAUCUGCCCGACCUGCCCUCGCUCGACGACGUGCGGAGCCACCUGCCCGACUCAGACGACCUGUCGCAGCGGCUGUACUCGAAGUUCGACGACGUGCGCGCCGCGCUGCAGGACAUCGACCUCUCGCAGCCGAGCAGCUUUCUCCCCACGCUUCCGAGCCGUAUCCAGGAUCUCCAAGCGCACUUGGCGGACAUCCAGCGGCGUGCCGGCAUUCCCGCGCCGAUCGCCGUGCUAUACGACCUGCUAGACGCGCUGCGCUCGUCCGAGGUCGUCGCCACGCUCAUCCGCAUGGCCGAGGAAGAGGAGGAGCGGGUGGAGGACAUGGUCGACUACGCGACCCGGGAGGUUCGCAAAGCAGUCACUCGCUCGUUGGAGGGCAUGCGCCUUAUCCAGUACUCCGACCUCCCAGAGCGCUGGAGGAGCAAUCCCUUCGUUACCCAUGGCUAUCGAUUUAUACCCCUAGAAAGAUGGCACUUGAUUGUGUUAUCGCUGUUCGCGUUCCAUAACGAAACUCUCAAUAUUCAUACUCACCUCAUCCCCUUUGUGCUCUGGGGUGUCAAUUCGCUACCCUUCCUUAAAGCGGAUCUUCCUGACCUCCCCGAACGCAUCUUCAUGUCCUUUGCUCUUCUCUGCUUAUUCAGCAGUGCGGUUUGGCACACGAUGUCCGGUUGUGCUCAUUUUGCGAGCAUGGAAUUCUGCGCUCGAAUAGACUACGUUGGCAUCGGAUGGUUGAUCAGCGCCAGCGUCGGAACUGUUGUAUACUAUGGCUUCCAAGAUCCUCAAUAUCAUUACCUUCGCAACGGUUUCCUCACGCUUUGCUUCUGCACGGGGCUUGCGGGCAAUGUCUUCCCGUUUAUGAACUGGUUCAACGAGUACAAAUACAGGGGCUACCGUAUACUCUUCUUCUUGACGCUGGCUUUCUCUUCCUUGGCGCCGCUGGCUAUGCUGGCAAAUCUGUACUCAUUUGGCGCUAUGAUGGGAUUCAUCAGUCCAAUCAUCCCAUCCUUGCUAUCCUACGUCGCCGGACUAGUCUUCUACGCCACGCACAUUCCCGAGCGGUGGAUGUCGCCAAAGUGGACGCAGCGCCUGGACUGCAUUGGCGGCGGCUCGCACUGCAUUUGGCAUCUGUUCAUCGUGCUCGCCGUUAGCCAACACAGGGGAGCGAUCAGUUACUUGAAGCAUGGGAUUGCGGGGGAGGUGCAGUUUUGA